GAAUAAAAUAUAAUGCGGCAUCUACCAGUGCAGCAGGAGAGAAAGCGACAAAUGCCUGUGAUAUAAAAGUGAAAUUUAUCUGAAUUUAGUCGUUUUAAGACCACGUCUAAGUCAUAAUCGUUAAUUAUAGUGCCUGUGAUCUAAGAAUGUUGGGGUUAGCUGCAUUACUGAUAGCAGUAAUUCUGGGACUCCUAGCAUACCUAGACACCAGGAAACCCAAAAAAUUCCCACCUGGUCCCAAAUGGUUACCUCUUAUAGGCAGCGCCUUACAAGUACAAGAAGCUAGAAGUAGACUUGGCUCGCUUUUUGAAGCCACUGCUGAGCUUAGUUUAAAAUAUGGGCCCAUUCUUGGAUUAAAGAUAGGCAAAGACCCACUUAUAGUAGUGUGUGGUCCACAAGAAAUUAAAGAAAUGUCUGUAUCUGAGGAUUUCCUGGGAAGGCCUACAGGGUCAUUUUUUGAGAUGAGAACCUGGAAUAAGAGAAGAGGUAUCAUAUUGACAGACAAUGAAUUUUGGCAGGAGCAAAGGAGGUUUUUAGUGAGACAACUUAGAGAGUUUGGGUUUGGUACUAGAAAUAUGUCUUUACUGGUAGAAGAAGAGGUUUCACACUUAAUAGUUUUUAUCAAUAAGGCUUUAGAAAAUGGAAGAGGAUCUUGUGUAUUUAAUAUGGAAUCCCUCUUUAGUGUGAGCGUCCUUAACACCCUUUGGAAGAUGAUGGCUGGAGUAAGAUAUUCCCCUGAAGACCAAAAAAUGAUAACUUUACAGUCAAUUUUAGCUGAUUUAUUUAAAACUAUUCAUAUGGUAGGAGCGUCCUUUAGUCAUUUUCCUGUCCUAAAAUACAUCGCUCCUCAAAUGUCUGGAUACAAGUGCUAUAUGGAUACUCAUAUUCAGAUAUGGGAAUUUUUAAGGAACGAAUUGGAGCAUCAUAAGAAGACGCAUAAUCCAAAGGAACCUAGAGACCUUAUGGAUGUUUAUUUAAACAUGCUGCAGUCUCCAGAACAUGGUAGUUCUUUCUCAGAAGAACAAUUGCUGGCAAUUUGCAUGGAUAUGUUCAUGGCAGGCUCAGAAACUACCAAUAACACCAUGAGUUUUUGUUUUCUUUAUUUAAUAUUAAAUCCGAGAGUCCAGAAGAAGGCUCAGGAUGAGAUUGAUGCUGUGUUGGGAAAUAGGGCACCGUGUUUAAAUGAUAGAUCCAAGAUGCCAUAUAUGGAAGCCAUAGUCUUGGAAGCGCUUCGAAUGUUUGGAUGCAGGGCUUUCGCUGUUCCACACAGAGCCGUAAAGGAUACGUAUUUGGGUGGAUAUUUGAUACCAAAAGAUAUUUUGGUGACAGCCAAUUUAUAUGGAUGCAUGAUGGGACCGCACUCUGGAUUCGAUAAUCCAGAACAGUUUAUUCCAGAGAGAUAUUUGAAGGAUGGCAAAGUAGUGAUACCAGAAAAUUUGGUGCCAUUUGGACUGGGCAAAAGGCGGUGCAUGGGUGAACCUCUGGCACGUGCUAACGUCUUCCUAUUUACCACAUCUAUCCUGCAAAAGUUCGACAUUCACAUGUUACCCGAGUACCCUCCCGAUAUGAAGAUUGUAGAUGGGGUCACCCCAGCUCCUCUACAUUACAAAGCGAAAAUCACACACAGAAAAUGUACUUAGGAGAAAAAUAAAAAUGUAGAUUAUGAAAUAAAACGUUUAUAUAUA